AUGCAGCUGUCUCGUCUUGCUGCUCUCGUGAGCGCCUGCGUGGCUUCUGUUGGUGCACAGUCAACAUUUUCGCCUGCUCGCCCUCCGGCAAUCCCACUGGCUGUGCGGUCUCCCUAUCUUAGUGUCUGGCUCGACGGUGGCAGCGAUGGUGGAGAUGGUGGUUACCUAGCAGGCGAGUGGCCUACCUUUUGGCAAAACCAAGUAUUUGGCUGGGCGGGUAUUGUCCGUGUCGAUGGCGCGCCCUAUACUUGGAUGGGCUCAUUGCCGAACACUAUGUCUGUUAAUCAAACGGCAUUCGAAUAUACCGCAACUAAGAUGUCGUCGCUUGACGGUGGUCACCACGAUGUCCAGGUUUAUGCCGAUAUCUCCGCCGAAUGGGUCUCAGGUGAUCGCAAUGCCGUCGCCCAGUGGGAUUAUGGCACAGCUGAUGGUGUGUCUUACCACAGGGUCUAUCGCCAGACCCAACUCGCAUUCUCCGAAGUCAACCAACAGAGUGAAUGGGGGUACUGGUACUGGGCCACCGAUGCCGUCAACAGUAUGACCUACCAAUCUGGCGCUGACACCACUGUGCGCGGUCAAUUCUCUCAACAUGGCAAGCUUUCCAACAGCGGCGACACCAAUUAUCGUGCUAUCAGCAACAGCUGGCCAGUUUUCGGAUUUGCGUCUGAUCUGGGCUCAGUAGGGUCAUCUUCAGCAAGUACCCUGUUCUCUAUUGGCCUCACUCAGGAUGAGGCUGUCCAAUUUGAAGGGACAUCUACCUACGCCCCUGUUCCUUCCUUGUGGAAGUCCUAUUUCUCGACCGAUGAGGAUGCAUUGACCUUCUUUCACCGUGACUACCAACGGGCCAACUACCUGUCAAGUGGUUUCGACAGCAAAGUUUCGGGAGAUUCUAUCGCUCUUGCUGGUGACAACUACAACGUUCUCACUUCCUUGGCCGCCCGCCAGGUUUUCGGUGGUACACAGCUCUGCGGUACAGAGGAUAAGAUGUACUUGUUCCUGAAAGAAAUCUCCUCAGAUGGCAAUGUGAACACUGUUGAUGUCAUCUUCCCCGCCUAUCCGUUCUUUCUAUAUACGAAUCCGGCCUAUCUGAAGCUGGUUUUGGAGCCAUUGUUCGAGAACCAGGAAUCGGGCAAGUACCCCAACUCAUAUUCCAUGCAUGACAUGGGCUCGUCCUAUCCGAAUGCCACGGCCCACGCCGACGGCAGCGAUGAAAAGAUGCCUUUGGAGGAGUGUGGAAACAUGCUCAUCAUGGCUCUUGCAUACGCGUUGAAGGCCCAGGAUCUUGACUACCUGACCGCCCACUACGACCUUCUGAACCAGUGGACUGCGUAUCUCAUCAACGACGCACUUUACCCUGCUAACCAGAUCUCUACCGAUGACUUUGCGGGAUCCCUAGCAAACCAAACCAACCUAGCCUUGAAGGGCAUGAUUGGAAUCCAGGCCAUGUCGGUCAUUGCCAGGGAGACCGGUCACACUGCGGAUGCCACCAACUAUUCUAGCAUCGCCAAGGAUUACAUCGGCAAAUGGCAGGAUCUGGCAAUCAACAAAGAUGCGAGCCCGCCUCAUACCACCUUGAGCUACGGUGACUCGAAUAGCCACGGAUUACUCUACAACCUCUAUGCUGAUGCCCAGCUGGGACUGGGCCUGGUGCCGCAACAGGUUUACGAGAUGCAGAGUACUUUCUACCCAACUGUCGCUAACAAGUACGGUGUGCCGCUGGAUACUCGCCACACCCUCACCAAAUCUGACUGGGAGUCCUUCGCUGCCGCGAUCGCUUCCACCGAAACUCGCGACUUGAUCUUCCAGAAUAUCGCCACCUGGAUCAAUGAGACUCCGACCAACUUGGCUCUAACUGACUUGUAUGACACUGUGAGCGGAAACUAUCCCAACCCGACUUUCAUCGCUCGACCGGUCAUUGGUGGCGCCUACGCUCCUCUCCUACUCAACUCAUGA